AUGUACUCAUUCUUGAGCGGGCUGUACAAGCACCUCACCAGGCGUGAGGCCUACUAUAUCGUCAUCAUCGGACUUGACAAUGCCGGCAAGACUACAUUACUGGAAAGAAUCAAAUCGAUCUUUUUGGGUGUGCCUGGAUUGCCACCAGAGAGAAUUGCGCCCACCGUGGGAUUGAACAUCGGAAGGAUUGACAUUGGAGGAUCAAGGAUCAAUUUCCAGGACCUAGGAGGACAAACUGAUCUGCAGACAAUCUGGGAACGGUACUAUCGGGAAUGCCAUGCUAUCGUCUUUGUUGUCGACUCUUCAGAUCCAGAACGUAUCGAAGAGUGCAAAAAUGCCCUUGAGCGAGUGAUUUUGGACGACACGGUGGAAGGAGUACCAGUCCUGAUGCUGGCGAAUAAACAGGAUGUGCCGACUGCAUUACGCCUAGAAUCCAUCAAAGAGAUCUUUAACCAAAUCGCCGAGCGACUCGGCGCGCGUGAUUCUAGAGUUCUCCCAAUAUCCGCACUUGAAGGAAAUGGAGUCAAGGAAGCGGUCGACUGGCUGUUCUUGCGGGUUCAGAGAAACAAGGUCAACCGUCCGCCCAUCAUCAUCUCACAAUAG